AUGGGCAGUGAGAAGAAGCGAAAUGAGACAGAGAGUGCAGUCGGCCUGGAAUACAUAGCUGCUGUUUUUAUUCUUUUCUCAUGUUUCAGGAAAGGGAAGUUAUGAUAGACUCAAACAAAAUACACACGAAAACUGUCAUUUAAAUUAAACGAGUUUUGUUUAUAUGUAACUGGAAUAUACAUGUUCAAUCAAAAUUAUUUUUUCUCAUGUGAAAACUGAAAUCCAAACUAACCUUUAAAUCACCAUAUGUGAACAGUAAUAAGCAUACCGCUAUUUUACAUGAAAUAUGGCUUUCUAAUAAUGUUGAAUGCUCUUAGACAAAGCAACAAGGCAUUUCUUUCAAGUUGGACAUUAUCAAUAUGGCGACGCAUUGUUGGUUACUUUUAGUGACCUUUUUUCAAGGGUGUUUGACCUCCGACCCGUGGAGACCACAUAUGUUAUCCUUUGAACUUAUUAUGUUAAGAAAUCCUUUCUGUUCAAAGGUUGUAAGGGGACAAGUGCUAGCCAUAUCCCUCCGUUAUGUCGUUUUCAUAAACAACAGCCACCAAAAACAUAAGGACCAAUCAAAUUUUGUUUUAACCACAUUUAUUCAUUUAUUGUAAAUGGAUUAAAAUAAUACAAUAAUAAAGUAAAUAUUAUAAACUAUAAAUGGUACAGCAUCACAUUUUACUUAUAAUAAACAUACACUACUCCAAUACAACUCAAAUGUAAAAAUUGGGAUGUCAUAAAUAUUAAUUGUAAUGCAUUGAUUGUAUUGCUGCUGGCGCAUUAUUACCAUUUACCUUAAUUAAAAUCCUUAAUAAAUCUGACAUGUUAAUAUUUUGUGCAGAAAAUUAACAUUUGCAGCUUGUUUUAGUGGAAGCAAUUAUAGAUAAACAAAAAUCAAUUCAAAUAGAUCAAUUUUUAUAUUUUGUAAAUGAUUGUCAUUUGUCGUCAAGUCUCCUGUUUUACUCUGAGCAACAAAUAAAUAAAUAAUAUUUUGAAAUAAUUGUAUUGUUUGAAUGAAACGUGACAUCAUACUUAUAGCACCAUAUUUAUAUUAUUUCUUAAUUUUUAUUUUUAAAAUUCAAAACUUAACCUGUUGUACUAGGUUAACAUUUACUGCACUUAAGUAAUUCGUUUUUGCAGUCAUUCUUUGGAAUAUGGUAAAAAUUGCCCUGAAGGCUUUUCAAAACUGUGUUUGAAUUAAGACAUAUUAAAUCCAUGGCAUACACUUCCUGCUGAGUUCAACAUGGACUCUGAAAGGGUGUGGACGUGCACCGUGACAUAAGUACAGCAUACACAACAAACAAAAUAUGUAAAAAGAAAAAAAAAACUUUUUUAAACAGCUUUAAAAAAUCACGUUUGGAAGACCUUACGGAUUGCGUAUAUCAAAGCUUGCAAGAGUUUAUUAAAUAACUUUUUCAAAUAUAUGAAUGGGUCGAAUAUAGUGUAUUUCGCACAGGAAGAUAUUGUUAAUAUCUGACAGAGACCAGUGCAUGUUUUCCACCGAAGAUCCAAUUUUUUUCAAGUUUCUAAACACAUAAUUAAUAUAUUAAAGGCAUAUAUUGUAUUUGAUUUUGGAAAUUGACGUGUUGAAAUUACAUGUUAAUGUUGCUGAAUGAAAAUAAACUUUGUUGGACAAAGCAAUUGAGAAACAGCUUCAUGAAUGUGCUCAUCGCCAUUUGUGUGUAUUUCGUGUGUUUAAGAAAUUCUAUAGUUUUUUUUGUGGUUGCAAAGCUCUGACUGUUAGAUGACUUGUAUUGUCUUGUAUUAAAUUAUUGGUUUUACCAUAGUAUUUUAUUCUUCGCAUUGCAUAUAACGUAACCUUUUUAGAAAAGAAAGCAUGCUUUAAGUGUAUUGAUGUGAAUCACAAUAUGUUUUUGAUAUUUCCAUUAUCAUUAACUUUCAAUAGUAUCCAUAUUUAAGAUACUAAAACCAUUCGAAAGAAGAUAAAUAUAUAUAGUACAGAAUUAUACUUUUGCUGAAUUCAUACUGAUAAAACGUUAUUAAAAAUACGUUUUAUUUUAUGUCUAUUCAAUCGAUGCGGGGGAUGGCUUGUGCAAUAUGUUUCAUGUAUGCUGUAUCACUCUGUUGUGCAAAGAAAUAAACCUCCUUCCACAUGUGUGUGAACGUGUGUGUCUUGGUAAACAGAUUUGCCUGUAACUUUGUGAGCACAACUUUCUGGAGUGAACAGUGAUGAAGAGAGUGAGGGGGCGGAACCCCGCUGAGCCUCUGCGCUGAAAGACAGCCAAUCGCUUCGUUCUCUUAACUGCCAGUCACCGAAAUCUGUCCAAUACCCGCAGUGCCAUUUCUAAACUCUAUUCCCCACUGUGUCCUCCAACUGUUGUAUGUUCUGCCAAUCGCUUGAGGACAGAGUGGGAAAAGGAGCAAGCAGAGUUAGAGGCAGGACAAAAGAAGUUCUAUAGACGGUCAUAUACAUAUAUUUUAAUGGUUUCGGUAGGCCUGUAGUUUAGGAAAACAAUAGCAGUGAGGGUGGACAUGACAGCGUAGUGAUGGAGCCCCCUUUAAGCAAGAGGAAUUCGGCGAUAAGAUUAGCGGAUUUGGCAUCGACUCAAGCCCUUCCUCAUCAGAAUAUGACAGGCUUCCCGGGGAUAGGGGGGCAUCACCCGCACUCCCACCAUGCCCACCUCCACCCUGGGGAGAUGGGCAACGACCCCGGAGUGGCUCUCACUCCAUUUGGACCCGAGCACAUGGCACAGACCAAUGCUCUCAAACUUAGUCCAUCUCAGCCUGUUCAAAGCCAUCCCGAAGCCCAGACCGCGGCAUCCUUCACGUCUUCUCAGACCACUGUCGGUUUCCCCGUGGCUCACCCCCACACAGGCUACACCACCAGCAGGGACUUCAUCCUCAGGAGAGAGCUCUCAGCCUCUGCUAUGCAUGCACUUGGCGACCAGCAUAGUUCCGCCUCCUCCCCUCAUCACCAUGGCAUGUUCAUUUCCCCAACAGGUGCUUAUGGGCACGCGGAAGGUGGUGCCCAUCCACUUUUCUCUGGACUGCACGAGCAAGCGGCCCCAGGUGCCCAUCACCACCAUGCCCUUAACGGGCAGAUGCGUCUGGGUCUACCGGGGGACAUCUACGGCAGGCCAGAGCACUUCGGCCACAGGCCCGAGCACUAUGGAUCUUCCUCUCUGCACAGCUACAACUCCAUGAACUUAAAUGUGAACCUCGCCACGGCUCCUCACGGAGCCACGGGAGCGUUUUUGCGAUACAUGAGGCAGCCCAUCAAGCAAGAGUUAAUCUGCAAAUGGAUUGAUCAAGAGCAGACCUCUAAGAAGCCCUGCUCCAAAACUUACAGCACCAUGCACGAGCUAGUGAACCAUGUUACGGUAGAGCACGUCGGGGGACCCGAGCAGAGCAGUCACGUCUGUUUUUGGGAAGAGUGUCCGCGCGAGGGAAAGGCGUUUAAAGCCAAGUACAAACUUAUCAAUCACAUCCGCGUGCACACGGGAGAGAAACCGUUCCCGUGCCCAUUUCCCGGUUGUGGCAAAGUAUUCGCGCGCUCGGAAAAUCUCAAGAUCCACAAGAGGACUCACACAGGCGAAAAGCCCUUCAAAUGCGAGUUUGAUGGCUGUGACAGGAAAUUUGCCAACAGCAGUGACAGGAAGAAGCACUCUCACGUCCAUACGAGUGAUAAGCCUUACUUUUGUAAAGUAAGAGGUUGUGACAAGUCAUACACUCACCCGAGCUCACUGCGCAAACACAUGAAGGUUCACUGCAAGUCUCCUCCGCCCCCUUCCGCCAACACGGGCUCCACUUACCAUCCCUCUACGACGAUCGGUGUUGCCCUUUCCCCCAACCUGGAGCCCCACAGAAACCGUUCGUCGAACCUUUCGCCUCAGGUGACCAACCUAAACGAGUGGUACGUGUGCCAAGGAAGUGCCGGACCAAAUAAUCUACACACUCCUUCCAGCGAUGUGCCAACGUCAGAAUCCGACGACGAGGACUCUUUUAGACACACAGAUCCAAGAGCAAUGCUCUGAUUUGAACAGCAAGGAAUAUAUUCAUGAUGAAAGGUCCAUAUUUAAAACACACACACACAAAUUUUAAGUGUUUCAAUUUAAAGGACAUGAAACAGCCUGUGGAUGACAGUGGGUGAAAGAGAUAUUGCCCCCAGUUUGCCAUUAAAACAUGUUUAGAGCACUGAUGCAAUUUAUGUCACUACGUUGUUAAUCACAUUUAUAAGCUGUCACAUGCAACAUAAAAGUGAAAUGUGGAAUUUAAAUAUGACACAUGAAAUAAUCAAAUUUUGUUGUUACGAUUUAAGGUGAUGUGUUAUCAAAUAACUAAGCUCGAAAAGGUUGGCUCGAAAGAUGCAGCAGUUAUGUUUGGUUGUUUUUCUUUCAGCAUUACUUCUCUUUCGAUGCACAGAAAUUUUUAUAUAAGCAUUUUACACGUCUGAUCGGCAUUGUUUAAAAAAAAUGCAGUGACAAUACUGUUUUUUAUUUUUACUUAUAUUGUCAGUGUCAAAGACAAAAAAGAAUUUAAAAUGGGUUACGUCUUUGUUAAAGUUUAUACAAUAACUGUGGUCAGGGCUGUUUUGUGAUAUUUAAAAUAUUUAAACCUAUAUUUUAUGCAAAAUCAGUGUAACUUUGAUUAAAGAGUACGAAUAUGUCCACUGAGACCCUAAAUAAUUGUAUCAUUGACAGGCCUAUCCUGAUUUGUAAAUACUACAUGGUAUUGAUGCUUGUGAAUGUUGUUGUAGCGUCUCAACAAGUUUUGUACAUUGUAAUUUAUUUGCUGGUAUUAAUGUUGGUAUGGACGUACAGAUACACCAAAGAAUAAUAUAAUUUUGGUGAAAUGAAGUGUUGCUUUUUAUCGUGUUUUGUAAAAAAGGUCUUACUUGAAUAGGCUGUAUAAUGUGAAGAUUUAUUCGCAUGACCUGUGUAGUAACUUCUUUCUUUUGAGUUGCAUGAUGCUGUUGAUGGAAUAAGGUCGUGAAGAAAUGUGAUGUUUGUGUAUAGUUAUAUGGAAAACUUGAAUAAAAGCAGGAAGUGUAAAUAUGG